GUCCCGAUUCAGGCAGGAGCCUAAGGACCCAGAGAAGAAAACAGGCAUGUUUGGCUCCAGCUUCCUGAGUGGGGCCAACCCACUUAAUGCUGUCUCGUCCAUGACCUCCCAGGUGUCCUCUGGAAUGUCCUCAAUGUCCUCCGAGGUCACCUCCAUGGGCUCCGGGGUCAACAUGCCCUCAUUUGGCCUGUUUGACAAGGAAGAAAAGCCUGGAGAGAAGCCCCAAGGUGGGCCCCCAGGGCCAGGCAGCAAGGGCCCCCAGCAGGGGGGGCCAAGACCCCCUGGCCCCGGACAAGGGCCCAGACCCCCUGGGCAGCAAGGGCCCAGACCCACUGGUCAAGGACCCCUUGGGCAGCAAGGGCCCAGAACCCCUGGCCCCGGACAAGGGCCCAGACCCCCUGGGCAGCAAGGGCCCAGAGCCGCUGGUCAAGGACCCCCUGGGCAGCAAGGGCCCAGAACCCCUGGCCCCGGACAAGGGCCCAGACCCCCCGGGCAGCAAGGGCCCAGACCACCUGGUCAAGGACCCCCUGGCCAGCAAGGACCCAGACCCCCUGUCUCCGGACAAGGGCCCCCUGGGCAGCAAGGGCCCAGGCCACCUGGUCAAGUCCCCCCUGGGCAGCAAGGACCUAGACCCCCUGGCCCCGGUCAAGGGCCCCCUGGGCAGCAAGGACCCCCUGGCCCCGGUGCACAGUCAGGCGGGCCAGCUAAAGCUGGGGGUCCCCCUGGUCCACAAGGCCCUGGUAAACCACCUGGAGGUGGGUUGUGUCCGCUGUGCAAGAGUACCCAGCUCAACGUGGGCUCCAAGGAGCCGCCCAACUUCAGCAACUGUACCAUGUGUAAGAACCAGGUGUGCAGCCUAUGUGGAUUCAGCCCCCCAGACUCGGAGGGUAAAGAGUGGCUGUGUCUCAACUGCCAGAUGCAGAGGGCUAUGGGGGGUAUGGAUGACCCUCCUAUGAUGGGCAAGGGCUCUGCCCCUCCUUCACCCUCAAGGAAAGACCCUGGAAAAGAUGGCAAGAAGCCCAAUCUACUGAUUAAGCAGCAGAGCAUCUCCGACAGAGGCUUAACCCCUCCAACCACGCCCAAACAGAAAUCCCCCGGCUCAUCUUCCCCGAAAGGCAGCCCCCAGCCCUCACCGGCCAAAGGUAAACAGGAGUCCAGCUUCUUCGGGGGCCUGGGGGGCAUCAGCCUAGGGGGGCUCACCGAUGUGGCCAAGCCUCCAGCCGCUGCCUCCCAGGCGGCCGAGUCCAUCACGGGAACAAUGUUCAGUGGCUUUGGUGGGUUCACUGGAUCAGCCAAACCUGAUCGGGCCAAAGCCGCUGCUGCUACCCAAAAAACAGCAGAGUCGGUGACGGGAAAGAUGUUCAGCGGGUUCGGUAGUUUUACUGAGACAGCCAAGCCCCCGGCGGCUGCCUCACAGAUGUUUGGCUUUGGCUCGUCUAUCUUGAGCUCGGCCACCAACCUCAUGACCACCGACUCUGUGGACUCUGUGGAUGAGAAAGCUGGUUCUCCUGCCGAUUCUCCUGCCGGUUCUCCUGCCGGCUCUCCCCCAGACUCCCCCUUCUCUGCCCCCGGUUCUCCCCUCGGUUCUCCCCCGGACUCUCCCUUCUCCGCUCCCGGGUCCCCCCCCGACUCAGACAGCCCUGACACCCCACCUGCCUCCAAGAAGGCCCCCAAACGUGCCGUCUCCCUGCUGAAGGACCAAAAGUCCAUAGAAGCAGAUCCCUCCGUGGAGCCUCUGAAAGCAGGGGAGCCGCUUACUACGGCCACAGGCUCGGGGGCCCAGGAAAACUGUCCUCUGUGUAAGGUGGAGCUGAACGUUGAAUCAGCAGACCCCCCUAACUACAGUAACUGCACUGAGUGCAAGAAGAGUGUGUGCAACCUGUGUGGCUUCAACCCCACACCUCAUCUUGGUGAGAAAGAAUGGUUAUGUCUCAACUGCCAGACCCAAAGAGCUCUCUCUGGCCAGCUGGGCGAUAUGCCCCCUCCACCAUCUCCUGUGAAGAAGCAACUACCCACACCUACCCCUACCCCUCCUGCCUCCCCUGCCAAAGUCCCUGACUCCCCAGCUGCUGCUGCCUCUCCAUUAACGGGAAGCCCCUCAGUCACUCAGGUAGAGGCAGCAGCAGCAAAGGAAGACACCCAGCCGCUUCCCAUGUCCAAGGCAACGCUGAAAGACCCUGGAGAAAAAAACACCAUCGCCAAGGAUAGCAGUCCCACCAGCCCCUCAGACCUUGCCAAGCUGGAGAGCACUGUCCUUCCCAUACUAGAGGCCCAGGCUACACAACCAAAGGAUAAUUCAGACAAACUGACCGACUCACUCAAGACCAGACGCAAACUUGAGGUGCUACCCCUCUCACCUGAAUCUCCCAGCACAGAGGAUGACCCAGAACUCUCAGAGAAGAAGGACGCCUCAACAAAGAAAAAGCUGCUGGUGCCGACAGACAUCAGGGGUGACUCGUUGGAGGACAGCAGUGAGAGCUUAGGGAAAGAUAGUCCCGUGUCAGGGGAUGACGAAGACUUCAUUCGUAAACAGAUCAUGGAGAUGAGUGAGAACGAGGAUGCUUCGCCGUCAGACGAAGAAAACCUCAUCCGGCGAAAGAUCCGAGAUCAUGAGAGGAAACGAAUGGAGCAGGAGAAAGGGGAGGGGAAGGAGAGAAGCGCAAUGGCAAAAGGCAGGCGGCUCCUCAAGAAGAACACCAUCAGCCCUGAGGACGAAGAUGAGCGGCAAAUCUCACUGGAUAAACUUGACAAGGCAUGGAAAGAGGGAUCGGAACCCAAAGUCUCAGACUCUCAGGAAGGGGAACAGCCUUCGGCCGAUAGAGUUGUGACAGUACGCCAAUUCAGAACCAUCGAGCUCAACACAACUACCACCCCUGUGCGCAUACCGGGUACGUCAGAUGAUGGAGAGCUUGAGAUGGAAAGCCUCACCAACUCCCCUGAUGAUCGCUCCAGGGGCGAUGGGUCCUCCAGCCUGCACGCAUCCAGCUUCACCCCUGGGACAUCGCCUACAUCCCUAUCCUCUUUGGAUGAGGACAGUGACAGCAGUAGUCCCAGCCGCAUGCACAGUGGCGAGGGGAAACAGCACAGGAAAGCGAAGCAUAGACAACAAGGCCAAGGACUACCCACCAUCGAAGACUCUUCUGAGGAAGAGGAGUUACGAGAGGAGGAGGAGCUGUUAAGAGAACAGGAGAAGCAGAAAGGCUCUGGGAAGAAGUCGAAGAAGGACAAAGAGGAGAUCCGAGCUCAGAGGAGGCGGGAGCGUCCCAAAACGCCGCCCAGCAACCUCUCUCCCAUUGAAGAUGCCUCCCCAACAGAAGAGCUGAGGCAAGAGGCAGAGAUGGAGGAGUUCAGGCGAUCAUCCUUAUCCGAUUUCUCUCCCAGCAUCGAGUCAGAACCAGAGGGAGUUGAGAUCAAUGCUGCAAAGAUUGCAGCAGUACAGAAAGUAUAUCAACUUCCUACAUCUGUUUCUCUCUACUCUCCAACAGCUGAUCAAGGUGCUAAUAAAAGCCCUGAAAAACGAGCCCUGAAAACUGCAGACGAAGCCUACGAAGAUAUCAUGCUGAAGGCUAAAACACCCACAAAGGAAAAGGUGGACAUCCCUCUGGGGAAAGAGUCCCUCUAUGGUGGGAUGCUGAUAGAAGAUUAUGCCUAUGAGUCUCUUGUUGAUGGAAAUGGAAAGAAAGUCGAGCAGCAGGAGCCUGAGAAAAUCUCAGUGCCAGCUCAGCCCAAAAUACUGAGAUCUCCAGAUGAGGUUUACGAAGACAUGAUGGAGAAGAAGAAAGAAUUCAUGCAGCUGGAGCAGGAACUGAAAAAGCACAGUCCGUGUCAGAUAGACCCACACCAGAGAUUUGUAUCGCCCUUACCCACCGUCCCUCAGUACACCCCCACUGUCCCCGGUGUAGUGUCGACCACCCCACCAGUGCCCCCCAAACCAGCCAUCCUGCACAGGGCUCUGUCUCAGGAAAAAGCAGACAUUCCUGAACCCCCUCCACUGCCCCCUCCCACGAUGCCAAAGCCAUCGUGGAAGGGAUCACCACCCAGGCCCCAUCCAGUCCUGGUCCAGCAUCUCCUUCAAGACAUGCCCAACCUCCACCUCAACCUCAAACACAACACAGAGUGCACAGGGCUACCAGCCAGGGAGUUAGUAGACCUUCGUACCAUGAAGGUGAAUUCAGAAUCGGCCAUGAAAGUGGUGGAUCUGUCUUCUUCAGAUGUUAGACGCCAGUCCUUGGCCACAGACAUCAGCGGUCGUCAGACAAGCGCAGUGCAGUCCCCAGUGGUAAAUCUCAGCACUGAGUCGACCAGUGUUUCCAUAGUGACUGACAGCAUCACCAUAGUUACAUGUGCUGCCACCAUACAAAGUUACGAAAAUACCAACAUAUCCCAAGUCCCUUCUCUGCCCCUUCAGCUUACAACCACAAACAAAGCCUUCGAGCCUGUUUGUCAGAUUAUCUAUCGGCCCAUAGAUGCACAGCCCACAACCAGCAACAAUGCUGAGAUCCCGAUGAACCUUUCUCUAGGACCUGGCGCAGGCUUAGGGUCAUUCCAGCCACCUGUCACUAUCGCCCCUACCCCUGCCCCAGGGUGUGUGGCUAAUGGUCUGAGCAGCGGGAUGCCGACAGUAGCAGGUGCGGUGGACCUUAGCACAGCCAAACCCUUCAACACCGUGGUUUCGGUCGACGCUUCCUCGGCGGAAGUGGUCACGGCUGUGAUCACAGAGGAGGAUGGGAAACCUGUGGACCUGACGGCUGGGAGAAGAGCUGUCUGCUGUGAUGUUGUCUACAAGCUGCCAUUUACAGGUACCUGCACCACCCAGCAGCCCACUACUCCAUUGCCCGAAGACCGCUUCGGUUACCGAGACGACCACUACCAAUAUGACCGCUCACCGUACAACAUGAGGGGCUUCGGUGGCAUCAAACCCUCCAUGUCCGACACCAAUCUGGCUGAGGCCGGGCUUUUCCUCUAUAAGAGCAAGAACAGUUACAAUUUCCAUGGCACCACAGAGGGUGCAGUAGACCUGACAUCCUCCAAGACUUCUGAUGCAGGUGUAGCUUUGGACUUCUCCACCAAAGGCUCAGGGUUAUAUUCAGGAAUGAUAAUCCCCCCAUAUUCCCAAGCUAGAGUCAAAGGAGCUGUUGGGACACACUUUGGCACGAGCAGUGUUCUGAGAUCCUCCAAUGGGGUGGUGUACUCUUCAGUCUCAGUACCAAUCCCAUCCACCUACGCCAUCACCACACAACCUGGGUCCAUAUUCAGCACCACUUACAACUCCCUGUCGGCAGGCAUGCACACCAGCGACACCAUGCCAUCCCUGUCCACUCUCCAGAACCAGCCCAUGACUCGGUCCCACAGCUUCAUCUCCACCACCUCUGCAGACGAUCAAGGGGAUGUCCCGCUCAACCUGGAGCUUGCUAAAGAUGGCAUAUCCACCUCCGUGGCCCUCAGCACCAAAACAGUCACCCUGGCCCUGGAAAGGUUGGACUCGUACACGGACGCGUCCCUGGAGGCUAUUGCCGCCUCGCUGGAGGCUCUGUCCUCGCCCUGUGUGCCAGGGGAGGGCCAGUACCAGAUGCAGCGUGAGAUUCUGGAGAUGGAGAAGUUCAAACAGCAGCGGUUGGCUGAAGAACUGGAGUGGGAGCGUCAGGAGAUCCAGCGCUUCCGUGAGCAGGAACAGAUGCUGGUGCAGAAGGAGCUGGAGGAGCUGCAGUCCAUGAAGCAGGCCAUCCUGUGCCAGCAGGAGGAUGAGCGCCAGGCCCACCUCAUGAUGCAAAAGGAAACCUAUGCCCAGCAGCAGCAGCAGCUAGAGCAGAUCCAGAGGCUCCAGGAGCAGCUCCGAGCACAGCUGGAGGAGCAGAAGUUCCGGAAGAUGUACCCGGGGGAGGUGUUGCUGGGGCAUGGCCAGCAGGAGGCAGUCGUCCUGGGGCCGGACGGCACCGAGCUGGCCCGGAAAAUCAUGGAUAGUGGGUGUCAGACGGACGACGAGGACAGUGUUGUCGAUAAAGCCUACACGGCAGGGAGGAAGAAGAGAAGCACGGCCAAGAAGGGCGUAGACAGCUGCGUGCAGACAGACGAUGAGGACCAGGAGGAGUGGGAGCCUGCUCGGGCCAGACGUAGCAGGCCCCGCACGUCAAGGGGGGACAGAGGCGGACAGACUUCCGAUAUAUCCAUUCAGGCUCACUCUGAGAUCUCCAUACAGACGGACUCUGCAGGGAAUGUAAGAAUGGACACCAGGAUAGAGCUCUCCAACUCGGAAAGUCCACAUUGGGAAGACAAGAGACGGCCCACGCCCUUGGAGAUAGAACAGUCUGGCCACCUCAGAGCUGACCCCUCCUCACUUCAGGCCCCGCCCAAAUCCCCCAAUGUUCUCUACUCCCCAUAUCCCCCUAUAUCCCCGAGCAAAUCCCUUGAGUUUGUGUCCUAUGAGAAAUCACUGGGUGAUACAAGCCCACAGAGAAUAAGAGGGAGUACUGAUCCGACCAAAGUCUCUCCAACCGGCAGCCCCAAGGGACCUAAGGCCAUGCAGAGAUCCAUGUCCGACCCCAAGCCCAUGAGUCCAACUGGAGAGGAGAGGGCAUCAUCCAGUUUCCAGUAUGGCGACGGUUCCUCCGGCAAAAGCUCAUCGGGCAGCACCCCAACUGGCACCGGCAAGAAGGUGAAGAGAACCCUGCCCAACCCGCCCUCGGAGGAGGAGGCAACAGCCGCCGGCCAGACGGCCUACAGCACUGGCUCGGCCCGCCGUCGCAUGUGCCGCAACACCAACAUGGCGAGGGCCAAGAUCCUGCAGGAUAUCGACCGAGAGCUGGACAUGGUGGAGCGUGAGUCGUCCAAGCUCCGCCACAAGCAGGCGGAGCUGGACGAAGAAGAGAAGGAGAUCGACGCCAAGCUACGCUACCUGGAGAUGGGCAUCAACCGCAGGAAAGACGCCCUCCUCAAGGAGAGGGAGAAGAGGGAGCGGGCCUACCUGCAGAGCGUGGCCGAGGAUCGUGACUACAUGUCAGACAGCGAGGUCAGCAACAUCCGGGAGACACGGAGCGGCCGUGGCAGUGGAGAAGAUGAUGAGAUGGGAAGUCACGGGCUGGAGCGCCCCAGGACGGCACCCCAGUCAGAGCUGGAUGAUUUUGUACCACCACAGACCACACACGAGGCCCAGUACGGCACGUACUCCCAGUACCAGUACCCACUGAGCCAGACGCUGUACCAGCAGCAGUCACUCUACCAGUCUCCCCAGUCCUACCAGACUCAGUCCAUCUAUUCCUCAGUCCCAUCCCUGUCUAGCUCCCAGCAGCAGAGCUACCACCAGAUGCUCCUUCUCCAGCAGAAGGCAGCCAGGCAGGCGGCCCUGAUCCAAGAGUUGGACGCGUCGUCAAAGUACGAAAUCAUCAGCCGACAGCCCGACCCCGUGUCCUCUGCCUACAUGGGAGGGGUCAGGUACGACAAGUACGGUAACCACUUGGACCUCCGGGCCCUGGGUGGGGGCAGUAUGGCUGGCAGCCCCAUGUCCAACGUGUCGGCCGACUCCUUCUAUGGAGACGUGGAGCACCACCACCACACUCCACGAAGCUACGUCCUCCUAGAAGAUGCGGCAGAGCUGGCCAAGAGCUCCACGAGUCUGGCUUCAUCCAGCUACGCCCAGGCCGAGAAGGAGCUGGCUAAGGCAGAAAGGCUGUUGCGAAGAAGUGCAGCCGACUUGACCUCCACAGACUACCUGGGCUCCAGCUCCAGGCUCCACUCCGGGUAUGGAAAGACCCCAGACGAUGAGGACUCCAUGGACGGCCCCUACGAGCUGAAGCUCCUCAAGCAGCAGCUGAAGCAGGAGUUCCGGAGGAGCACAGGGGGAACAGAGAGCCUGGACCCGCUGACGGGUCUCUCCCACAACUACUACGGCACCCCCAGCUCGGGUGUCUCCUCCUCCCAGAGUUACUCCCAAAGACACUACCCCAAGACGGAGAAAUACAGCAUCAGCCGGCUGACCCUAGAGAAGCAGGCAGCCAAGCAGCUCCCGGCAUCCAUGCUGUACCAGAAGCACAAAGCCCCGCUGACCGACCCCAAAGUCUCCAAGUACUCCUCGAUGCAAGACGGCAGGAGUCUGGAGACAGACUAUACCAGCUAUUUAGGGUCCAGUAAUGUUAGCGCCUCUCCCAGAUCCAGCCGGCUCCUUCAGGACGAGAUCACCUUUGGACUACGCAAGAACAUUGCAGAGCAGCAGAAGUACCUGGGCUCCACGUUGGGUGCCAACCUGGCUGGCUCGCUCAACUUCGGCCAGAGCCUGGCCUUGGACUCGACAUCCUACCCCAGUGGCAGCCGGUCACGGCCCUCUUCUAGGCCCAACUCCGUCUAUGGCCUGGAUCUCUCACUCAAACGGGACCCAUCCAGUUCCUCUUUGAGGCUCAGGGACGGCGAGGCGGCCUCAGACAGCUACCAGAUGCCAUCAGGGCGUGCCAAGCCCACCAGCCUGCCCAUCGUGCAGGGCGGCCGGGGGCGCAUCCCCAUCUUGGCGCAGAACUCUGAGGAGGAGAGCCCGUUGAGUCCUGUGGGCCAGCCUAUGGGCAUGGCGCGGGCGUCGGCGGGGCCCCUGCCGCCCAUCUCGGCCGACUCACGGGACCAGUUUGGUUCGUGCCUCUCCCUGCAGGACUCCCAGCAGCAGCAGCACCUGAGGGAAGAGCCAACGAGGGGUCGGGGCUACGUCUUGAUGGACGACCUCCAGGGCACCAUGUCGGACGGUGAAGCCUACCACCUACGGCGAGAGGAAACGGACUGGUUUGACAAACCCCGCGAGGGACGACCAGAGAACGGACAAGGGCCGGACAGGAGACAGGGGAAGGGUGUUUACUACCCCUUUCCUCACACCAGAGUCAAACUGCAGAGGGAUCCCAAGGACCGCAGCGUGUCAGGGAAUGGAUUGGGUAUCAGAGUGGUGGGAGGUAAAGAGGUUCCAGGGACCAACGGACACAUCGGAGCCUACGUAGCUAAAGUCUUACCUGGAGGAGUUGCCCAACAGACUGGGAAGAUACUAGAGGGAAUGCAGGUGCUGGAGUGGAACGAGCUUCCUCUGACGGGGAAGACCUACGAGGAAGUGCAGGGGCUUGUGGUACAGCAGUGUGGCGAGGCAGAACUCUGCGUGAGACUAGAUCUGAACAUGCUGGCUGACUCAGAGGGCUCUCGGCACCUUGAUCUCCCAGACCAUAGCAAACCAGGUGACAGACCCCCCAGGUCUCCGGGGGUGGAUCCGAAACAACUGGCUGCAGAGCUACAGAAGGUGUCCCUGCAGCAGGCUCCUCCACCUACCACCGCCACGUCCUCCUCCUCCACGGUGGGGGGAGAGAAAGGACCCCAUUCUGCCAUCUCAGGCGCCGCCUCGGCCACUUCUAGUGCCAUCCAGAGUCCGGGACAGCCGGGGUCGCCCUCCGUCAGCAAGAAACGCCACAGCAGCAAGUCUGCGGAACCAGUGAAGACACAAUCCCACCCUGUUACUGGAGAGAUACAGCUUCAAAUCAACUAUGACAAGCAGCUGGGGAACCUGAUUGUUCACGUGCUCCAAGCCAGGAACCUGGCCCCCCGAGACAACAACGGCUACUCCGACCCCUUCGUCAAAGUCUACCUCCUCCCGGGGAGGGGUCAGGUCAUGGUUGUCCAGAAUGCCAGUGCUGAGAAUAAGAGGAGAUCAAAACAAGCUGGCCAGAGUCUGAACCCAGAGUGGAACCAGACUGUUAUCUAUAAGAACAUCCACCUGGAACAGCUGAGGAAGAAGCUGCUGGAGGUGAGCGUGUGGGACUACGACAAGUCCUCCUCCAACGACUUUCUGGGAGAGGUGUUGAUGGACCUGUCCAACACAGCUAACAUGGAUAACGUCCCACGCUGGCUCCCUCUGAAGGAACAGAGUGAGGGAGAGCACCACCGGCGCUCCCUUUCAGCACAGGGGCGCCAGCACUCCCCCAAGCCCCCCUCGCAGCACGCCUCCCCCAAAACCCCUGCCCACGGUAACCAGGACUCCCCCAAGCCCCCCUCGCAGCACGCCUCCCCCAAAACACCCGCCCACGGGAACCAGGACCCGCCCAAGUCGUCGGUCAUCAAGAGCCGGAGCCAUGGGAUCUUCCCUGAUCCAGCCAAGGACACGCAGGUGCCCACUAUUGAGAAAUCUCACAGUAGCCCCGGCACAUCGAAGCCUUCCCCGUCCGAGGGCCACAGCCAACAUACGCCACGCGCGGCUCCACGUGCCGCGCCUCGCAAAAGUGCAAGGCAACACCAGCAGGAUGGCGCCGGCGGUGUCGCUGUAGCAACGGGUGAAGCUCCGGCUCCGCAGCAACAGCACCGCCUCCAACCAAUCUCCUACCCCCCAGCCCAAAGAGGCCGCCUCUCCCUGAGGCACCACAGACACACCAUAGUGGGCGUGCUCACCAUUCAGAAAGCCCAAUCCGAUUCGCUCCCCGCCCCGCCGGGCCUGGCAGCGUCGGCCACUGGGAGCCAAGCAGACGGCAGACACCUGACCUUCAGGAAAGCCAUGUCUGAAGAGAGGCCACAGAGAGAAGGAGGUGAGAGUCGCACGUUUCUGUCCACGGCCCGGCAGGUCCGGCGACGCCCGGUAACAGCCGCCUCAUUGGACAGCGGUCUGAGUGGCAGUGCUCACAGCCUAUUGGAGGAUGAGGGUGGGACUAAUGCCGUGGACAGUGCCAUCUUCCAGGUCCCUCGGUUUGGGAAGAUUCCAAAUGGCACUGACGUGAUGAUGUCACCAAUGGGCCAUAUGGACUCUGAGGGUAAGACCCAGGUAAUGGGAGAGAUCAAGAUAGCUCUGAGGAAGGAGCUGAAGACAGAGGGAGACCAGCUGGUGUUGGAGAUUCUCCAGUGCAGAAACAUAACCUACAAGUUCAAGUCUCCAGACCACCUGCCAGACCUCUAUGUGAAGCUGUAUGUGGUGAACAUUGCAACCCAGAAGAGGAUCAUCAAGAAGAAGACCCGGGUAUGUCGUCACGACCGCGAGCCCUCCUUCAACGAGACCUUCAGAUUCUGCAUGAACCCCACCGGCCACUCUCUGCAGCUCUUCCUGGUGUCCAAUGGGGGAAGUUCAUUAAGAAGACCCUGA